AUGAGCGUCGCGGACAACUUUACCGACUUCUACUCCGGCACAUCGUUCGUCUUUCGGAUGGCGGUGGACGAGUACAACAGCGAGCGCAACUGGACCGGCCUGAUCGAUCGCUACUGGUUGAUCGUGGAAGAACUGAUCGCUGACCCCCGGGCGAAACAGCUUCCCUUCAUGGACAAUCCACUGCCGACGCUAGGCAUGAUCAUCUGCUACCUCUUGUGGGUUCUCCUGAUCGGUCCGAUGUACAUGCGCGACCGGAAGCCGAUGGACUUGCGACGAGUGAUCAUCUUCUACAACCUGUUUCAGGUGCUCCUCAGUGGUUACAUGUUCUACGAGCAUCUGAUGGCCGGUUGGUUGAGGGGUUACAGUCUAACAUGCCAAACGGUAGACUACAGCGAUAGUCCCCUGUCGAGAAGAAUGUUCAACCUCUGCUACGUGUACUAUCUCUCGAAGCUGUCCGAGUUUGCCGACACGGUGUUCUUUGUGCUCCGCAAGAAGCAGUCACAAAUUACCGACCUGCACGUCUAUCACCAUUCGCUGACACCGAUGGAGGCGUGGAUACUGACAAAGUUCAUUGCCGGUGGUAAUGCGACGCUGCCGAACGUGAUUAACAACUUCGUCCAUGUGCUAAUGUACUUCUACUACAUGCUGUCGGCGAUGGGAUAUAAAAUCUGGUGGAAAAAGUACAUGACAGAAGUUCAAAUUAUUCAAUUUAUUAUCUGUAUUGCGCACUGUAUCAAUGCCCUCGUCACCGGUUGCCCGUUCCCGCGAUUCAUCACCACCCUGCUGCUCAUCAACGCAUCCAUCUUUCUGGCACUGUUCAUGAACUUCUACAUCGAAAGCUACAAGCGUAAAUCGAAAUCCGCCGCCGCUAAGGUCAGCACGGACGCUACACCAACGAUCGAACCGAUGAAGGAUGUUUCCGGCGUCCAGGAGCUUCCGACGGUGGAGGCAUCCGACGCAGUUACGGUUCUGGCCAUUCUCCAACCUGAACAAAGCACUCAGUCACUCAAAGACGAUCCUGAAGUCACCCGAUCGGAAGACAUCAACAACAACAGCAGCAGCCGACCGGUAUUGGUACCGACCGAGAAGGUACCUAUGGAGGAGUCAUCGGUCGAAACGAAGCACGAGAGUGAGCUGGAAUGUGAAGGAAGUGCCGUCGAGGAGGUAAUCAUGGAGACGACAAAACAGCAGCAGGACGCUACCGGACUGAGGCAACGAAUAGUGGCGGAGGCCGCGGAAGACACUCGAACGGGGUCGACGAAAAUGGUGGAACUUGCGAGCGGUUGA